AUGACAUACAGCCCUUCUUGUUCAGUUUAUUCAUAUAUGUUUCUUUUUCUAGAUGACUGUAGAACGGUUGAGUUCAAAGAGAGGGAAGCAAAUAAAGCUCUUAUCAAACACGUCAUAAGAAGUGAACUAGUACUCAGCGAAGACGUUUGUGAAAUAAAAUGCUUCCUAGAACCAAAUUGCGUGUCCUUCAACUACGGUUUAUUGGGUGAUGGAGCUUUCAAAUGCGAGCUGAACAACAGAACUCACUUCCAGGUCUCUCCCAGUUACCAAAAGGAUAGAAAAGAAUUCUUCUACAGAGCAAUGAUUGUGAGUAAAUACCCAGACUACAUCCACAACAGAUGGUUACGAGUUUUAAUUCGAUAUUAAUCGACAAAAACUUUCUCUUCAGAACCCUUGUGAGAGCAGCCCGUGCCCAAGUCAUUACGUAUGUCAAGCGGGGUUUGGUAUCCAUGGAUAUCGUUGUGUUUGUCCUUAUAGAUAUCAAGGUGUUCAAAAUCAAGAAGGUGAGGAGACAAUGAGAUGAUGAGUUAGAUAAACAUAGAUCUAAGCAAAUUCUAGAAAACUGAUUUUGCUUUACGAUGUAAUUCUUUAAAGCGACCACUGAAACGUUUUCCUUCAAAAACUUACUAUAGCAUACCUUAACUAACACAGAAUUGUUGUUUUCUGGAAUCAUUUUCAAAGAGAUCCAUCUAGCUCUACGCAGUCUUCUCGCAGACCUAUACGCCGAAAAUGUGCGAGUGCUAACAGACAAGGAGUUACGUUCUUUUUUAAGUACCUUGAGUUUUCGUGCUCUUCAAAACUACGGACUGUCUUUACAGUAGAAAUUAUGAAUACCUCCGUUACUUUGUUCUAAUUUUCUCAAUAAAAACUCUCCUACAGAUAACUGGAAAAAGGUCAACAUCGAUCCUGUCUGUUUUGGGACAAAAGAUGACGACCACGGAACUUUUCGUAUCCAAGAAGCCGGUCAAAUCUACACUUUUAAACUUGUCCAUACAAGUGGCUCCGUGACAUGCGACACUUCAACAACAUCAACAAAGUGGGGAUGCUCAUUGUCAACUUACAAAAAUCACAACUUAAUGACGGUGAUAACUUACAGCAACAAAACAGUUCUUCCGCUUGCUGAGUUCUUGAAAGGCAGCGGCGGUAAAUACUACACUUACCAACUUGACGGUGCUGAUGUCAACUCCGCAACUCUAGUGUUCAAGUUCCUCCCACCCCACUGGUUGUAUUGGUUGGUCAGCAGUUCCAAUUAUGGUAUGCGCAUGACUUGGUUAAUUAUACAGAGAAUAAUAACGAUGGUAAGACAUGCGUAGACGUUUAUGCCCUGUACCGUUCACCAUGUUGAACAGUUGCGACAACUACAGAUGACUUCAGGCGAAGUACUUUGCUGAAUCACAACCAGAAAACAAUCGGAGAGCGGGUGGUACUUAUUUUUCCCUGCGGCUAAAAGCUUAUGAAUUUGCAUUUCUUUAAUGAUAAUGAUUUGAAAAUGAACUUUAGCUCCCGGAGCUCUUCAAAACUUCAAUAAAUGACAAUCUCUUCCAUCAGCUUUUCUUUAAGAUAGCUCAAAUUUAAAACUGUUGAGUUUCAUUUUAUGCCGUGUUUCUGUUUUUCAUUAUCUUUAGAGUGAAUUUGAGUCUAGAAAUCGCACUUUGAAUAGCUUGUAUUUAAGUUUAUCUUUAGUAAACAAACAACUGAACUUAUGGAAAUUUUGAUUGGCAGUAAGAGGUGAUUGGGGUACCCCGUUGGUUUAAACAGUUAAGAAAAGUGUCCUACGGUAGUUGUUAUAUGUGUUUGUAGCGUCUUGAAGAUACAUGACGGGAUGGCGGUACGUUCGUGAUAGAAAUGAUUAUUAAACCGUUUAACCAUCCUACAAAAUUAGUCCCGAAUAAUUUCGGUAACCAAAGACUCUGCUUUUUUUUGUGGGCGGCUGGCACAUAAAAUUUUCAGCUUUAAAGCAAUGUCGACAGGGUGUCCUUGUGAUAUAUUGUCAAUAAAAUUUUGUUUCCUUUGGCAUUGUGGUAUUUCAUCUUUUUUUUUUCCUUUUUACGAGGCAGGACAUCAGUCUCUUUCAUGACACCAAGGCGAUAUAUUUGAGUUAAGAUGAGAAAAAAAUGGUCACUCUUGAGGUAAACAAACGUCAGGUGCAAACUUGAGCCUUGUAAGUGUAUCACCAACCCAAUCUACAUUGAUAAUUUUCUAUGUGAUUGACAUCAAGUGGAUUCACUUUAAUUAUAUUCAAUUUUACCCUCCUUCUUAUUUGAAUUUGGUUAUUUAGAGGCAAAGGUGUUCAAGUUUGGGUUUAUCACUUGAAAUAUUUUAGCUUAAAAAAUUGUUGAUGGUUUUUUCAAUUUUCAUUUCCACAAAAUUAAAUCUACUGCUAUUCAGCAUGUUCUGUGUUUCAAGUAUUUCCUUAAGCUUUCAUCGAAUCGUUGAACAAUUCCUAUUUAAUUAAAAUAAAGUUACAUGCCUCCUCGCACGUCUUUGUCUUGGAGCUUUUUGAAGCGGUUCAACCUUUUAUUAUAAUGAUCCUUCAAUAAAUUGAUUUGCAGUUGAACGCACUCGACAGAUUUUCAAUUUCAUUUAAUGCAAACAUUUAAUUGGUAACACUGAAAAACCUCUUGCGUUAGGCAAUCUUCGGCAAACGAUUAAUUAGUUAUUUUACAAAGGCCAGCAUCACGCAUUGAAGUUAUUUUUUUCUCUUACAGUUUUUCUGUAAUUCUUAAGACUCAAUGUUUUGUUUUCAAAUUAAGUUAGGCCAUGUGAAUGUUCAAGUGACGUAUUCGUAAAUGUUAAAAAAUAAAAUUCUAUAACUUCGAAGGGUGCUGAUCUCACGUCUACCGCUUACAUUAAUAAUUACUUUCCUCUUUUAUGAUUCUGCAAUUCGCUGUAUUGUUUUGAGUGUUGAAAUAUUAGGUCUCGUUGCAUUUACAAGAGAGACCAGCGUUUCAUUUAGCUCGCUAGAGCUAGCUGAAGGGUGUUCUCACUACGGACAAUAUGGUACUGCUCUCACCUGCCGUUAGUGAUCCUUCAAUGAGUAAGGUCCUAACUUUUCUAUGGAUUUUUCGUUUUGGUGUACUGGUGCAUGGAGGUAAGUGACUCCUGCCAAAAGCUGACAUCGCUGACACUUUAAUCUGUUAUCACUGUUGUAUUCGUGAUCAGAUUCAUAUCCUUGUGUUAUGGUACAAAAGAAAGUAAGUGUGUGAAAAGAGAAAACUCAUUAAGUUAACUUUAAAUCUAUUCAUGGUAAUGAUGUGAAAUUUCGAAUUCUUAAAGUAAAUAUGGCAGAAAUGGGAUAUUGCAAGAUAGCACGUUAUUGCAAAACUACCCUGUUUACAAUGCCGUGAUCUUAGUUGGGCGUAACAGAAAAGAUCUGUUGGUAAAAUUAUUGCUGAUUCAAGGCGACAUUGGUCUAUAUAUGAUUUGUCCACAAUUUUUGAGUUGCUGAUGUCCGAUUAUUAUAUAUAAUAAAUGGAACGGAAAAAGACACUGAUGAAGACGUUGAAAGCUAAAGGGGUAAUAAUAUAGACUUGCUAUCGUGAAGAAUUUCUAAAGCUAGCGUUCCAGAGCGAAGCGCUCACGGUUAUUGAGUUAUACCCCCACCGAUGCAGCGUUACAGUUUCCUUAGAAACCUACCCCCUCAUUUGAAAACCAGAUCCUAAUUAAAAUCACAAUGGUGAACAUCAAUCUUGUUCUUCAAUGCCAUUGGUAAAUGAAAAAAAUGAUUCUCCGAAAAAGCAACUUUUCUGUUAAGAUGAAUAUGAUACCUUGAAUUCAAGUUUCAGGCUAUUCAGCUUAGUCAGUCAACUAAAGAAAACAGAGGAAAGGCUUAUCACCUGCCUUUCUUUCGAGGAUGAAAGAGCAUAGCAAAUAUCCGUGUUUUUUUUUUUUCGUCGAGCGGCAAAUCAAGAGUUAUAUAUAUAGUUUCUCUGGCAUUCAUGGAACAACUUUAAACCAAUAUUGUGAUAAAACUUAGGUUGUCGGCUUCCUUUAAGCUUGUGUGCCGUUUGAUUUCAUUUUCUCAUUGA